GUACCUUCAUCAAUUCCCCCCCCCCCCCCCCCCCUCCUCGCGCGCAGCAUUUGUCAAUACAGACACUCCGCUUUAUACGCACGCGGAGAGAUACCGUAUCAAUAAACCAGCUUUUUUUCAGCAAAUUGGAUAUUCGGGGCAUCAAUCGAAAAAUUCUUCAAUUCACCGCGCGGACUGGCGGAAAAUGAAAAAAAAACAAAAAAAAAAAAAAUCCAUCCCGAAUUACCAUACUAAUACACCGAGGCGUCGCGAAAAAUGAGAAAAAAAUGUUCAAUAUCAAUCGUUCUCAAUUACGAGUAGGAGAAAAAAAAAAGAAAAACAAACAACAGAAACAAAUUGGCACAAACGAAUGGUAGACUCUCGUUGAGAAAAAAAAAAAAAAAAAAAAAAACAAACAUCGUCGUCGCGCGACGUGAAACUAUAAACGCUCGUUCUAGAAAUGACUCGAGUAUUUUCGUCGCGGUAUCGGGCCAAUUAAAAUCGUCCAAUUCGCGGCAUCGGGAUCGAGGUACUCUCGCGAAUACGCGUACAGACGGUCGUUAUCGGCGAAGCUAAAUGGACGUGAAACGGUUCGCGUAUCGAGGUAGGAUGGAUACCCCCUAGUGUAGGAGGCGAACUUGUCGUGCGAUAAGUAGAGCCGGAGGGGUAGUAUCGUGGGUAUAUUUGUGGAGUAUAUUCCGGAUAUCCGGCGAGGGUUUCGCGAGCUGACCUUACCCCUUAGAAGGAGGAGUUCAAGGCGCGAUGCAAAGUGGUGGUGCUUCUCGUCGGAGCCGGAGUUUGCUCCACUCCCUCAAGACUUCUAUAAAUUCAGUUGUCAGUCGCUGCACCAACCCGCGGAGAGUUCUUCUCCGUUCCGAACUAUCCGCCGGGAUAUUCUCGCCUCACUUGCCUCGCGUUUCUUUUCCCAUUCCGCUUUCACCUUCCCUGCUACCACCCCUGAUACACGGCGAGGCCUCACCGGGGUGUCGAACGAAGAUAACCGACCGCUCCCGAGUACGGGGAUGUGCUCAGAGCGCAAGCUCUGAUACGGGUGAAUAUUAUCGUCGCUCGCGUCGGACUUCGGAGGUGCAGAUUCUGCGUUCCGUCGACAGGUUACGCCGAACCGCGGCAGCGUCGACCUCGCAGAUUGAAUAACGUCGCAUCAUACGAGGACGUACAUGUGCGCGUACACCGCGAUCGUCCGUUACCGAUUCAACCUUCGUCAUCGGCGGCCGAGAGUCGUCGACCCCUGAAAAGCUACGGUUCGCCGUUUCGGUUCGAUCGACUCGCCGCAGAGAGAUUCGAUCGAAAUAAACGAAUUCUGGGGAACCCGUCCCGCGAUCGCGAGACGAAGAGCUUUUCCAAUUCGUUGCGGCGAUGUUUCUGAAGAUUUUUUCGCAAAAAAGAAAGGAACUCUGAGACGUGCCGCGAUGGAGACCGUUGUUGGAAAAGCUUCCUGCAGAAGGUCGCUGUCCGGUAGACGUCGACCUUGAAUCGACGGAUCGUCCGAUCGAUGUCAUUUUAUUAUUUAUAGUGUCUCCGACGCUUUCCAUGGUCCUCGCGCAAACGGAAUAAGAGAAGCUGCAAGAAUCGAGAAUCCAAGUUCGUUCGGAGGGUUGAUUUUUCCGAGACGAUUUUUUAUUUUCUCUUCGGGUUCCGCCGAACUUUGUGCCGGACGAAUAUUUCGACGAUUCGAAUACGUAAUUUGGCUAGUUUGACGUCGCCAUCCGUUAAGUGAUCGUCGGAAGCUCUAAUCAAGAUUCGUUUGAGGAUGUCUUGACCUACGUUGCGCCGACAGUACGUUAUGAUAUUGGAACAAGCUGUGAAAUUACGGACGAAAGAAUACACUCGUUAGCGAUAUUUCAACUCGUUUCAGAGGCGUAAAAAUGUUGUUCAGCUGAUCGAUAACAUAUCAAAGAAGCGUACGUGUAGCCGUAACAAUUUGAACUCGAUAGGUGCGUAACGAAACGAAAACACUCGAUACGCGACCUACGAACACUGUUGUCCGGUGAUGACAAAAUUCUGGCUACGAAGCACAUCUCCAAUUUAAUCAACGCAGUAACUCGGAUCAAAAGAAGGCGAAUAAAAUAAAGCGAAAAUCGAUAGCCUGUCUGACGUAACUUCGCAAUCGCCCGUUGACGAAGUAGCGCGAAAACAGCUGAUACUCGGCUGGGGUUCGCGGGGGGAACGGGUGCGAAAGUGAGAAACUAUCGGAGCUGCUCUCAGCCCAACGCGAGAGGGAAGGACACGGGGACCUUCGUGAAACGUUCGAGUGAAAGUGAAAAUUAGCCAUUUUCGUCAAGACGGAGAAGUAGGAAAACGAGAGAGAGAGAGAGAAAGGGGAAGACAAAUGAGGGUUACUUCAAACAAAAAUGGGACGGAACCCGCAAGCUCCGGAGACUCAAAGAGAUGUGAAUAAUUUUUACGCUUGUUAUAUACUCGAGUGAAACAAUUACGUCUCCUCAAACGAAUGGCUUAUUAAUCGAUCCGUUUCAACGUUACUCACAAAAUAAUUGCUUCCUUCUCCCCCUUGUAUUUUAUUUCUCACAGUUUAUUCAAUUCGAUAAAAUCGAAAAGAAACAAAUAUUCCUCACACCAAUUAUACUCGACUUGUACUUUCUCUCCGUAUCUUUGAUGGGAGUAAGAAGAUAUAUCGACGAACCGACCUUAAGUGUGUGUGCAAACGUUUUUGAGUGUGUUAGGUAAUUAUCUUUUAAAUCUAAGUAAACCGCAGGAAAAGUUUCAUUUUUUUUGUUUUUUUUCUUUUUUAUUCGUUCAGUCUUACAUCUUUUGUUGAAGACGGCAAGACUCAAACAAUGCUGGUACCGAUGAAUUAAAACCGGCAGGGAAAGGUCCGUUUUGUGCCGUGAAGUGUGAAGAUAGCGAAGAGAGGUGGGAAGAAAGUAUAGAAAAUAAUAAAAAAAAACGAGGAGAGUGCGACAAGGAAUAGUGUGGGCAGGGGGGAAAAAAGCUGCAAACCAGCAAAAUCUUUCUCUCUGUAGCUCGACGUCAUCACUUUUAAUAUUGCAAAACUGAGAGACCGCCGCCCCUCACCCCAGCCACGUGAUCCUGCAGGCCAUCCCGCGAGCUGCCGAGCAAGUGACUCUCUUAAUAAUGAGAUGAUAUUAUCACGAGAAUUUGAUGGGAUGCAUUUCUGAAGAAUGACGCUCAUCACGCUUCGUCCUCCCAUGUCGAAUCAGUGAAGUGAAGUAACCUAAUGUCAAAAUCUCCAAGUUUCGAGUCCCCUGCAAAGCGACGCCGGGACAUGAUGCUACGCGUUCUGGGUGUGCGACUGUUGUCGCGUCUUCUGGUCCUCGUUUGUUCGCUGUCACUGUUAUCGCUGCUCUUCUUGAGUCGUUGCGGUUUCAACAACUUGGAGAGCGAUCUGAUCGACACCGCUGGUGAUAGAAAAGGUAGAGAAAAGAAACACGCUUCGUUUCCCGAUGUCGUUUCAGGUCCUGUUACGACGACGAGUCUCGCCGAGGCCAAUCAAAGGGAAGAAGAGACCAGGCUCGAAGUUGAAAGACUCACGGCUGAAAUAAGAACCCUGAAGUUGCAGAUACUCCAGCUGACAGGUGGUCCACCUGGCCACAGCGAGGCGGCUUCGAUGCUGAACGCCACGGACGUUGGCGACUGUUUGGCGGCGCGUCGUCAGGUUGAUUUGGCCGAAAUAUCCCAAGGUCUUCCCCAUAACAACGAAUACGAGUUGAUAGCCUUCAGCCAUUUUACAUUUUCGAGGGUUUACCCGGUGGAUUUGGGGCUAGGUAAACGUGUUGUGGAAAAACCGAUCGGUUUCAAGAGAAAAGAUCUGCUGGAGGCGCUCGCCAAGGCGGUCGACACGCUUAACAGAAACACGACGCAGUCGACCACGAAGAAGUACACGGUCGAAGAUUUUCUCGAAGGACUCUACAGGGUGGAACCGACCACCGGCACUCAGUACGAAAUGUACUUCAGGACUAAAAACUUGAACAAAAGCACCCAGAUCACCGGCAACGGUUACACGAAAGUGACGCUGAUGAGACCCUACACUCCGAUACAAUUCGUGGGAAUCGAGAAACAAUUACCCGCCAAGGAGAAGGAACUCAUACACAUUAUCCUCCCGUUGUCCGGCAGGACCAGCACCUUCCAGAGUUUCAUGGACAAGUUCGUCAAGAUCGGUCUUAAAAAUGACAAGAGGGUACAUCUGACCGUGGUAUAUUUCGGCACCGAGGGGCUCUCCGAAGCCAGGGCGAUAAUGUCGAGGGUUUUGAUGACGCGAGGAAGCGGUGGGAGCAAUCAGAACCUCAGGUUGUUAGCGCUCAACGAAACGUUCUCCCGAGGGAAAGGAUUACGGGUCGGGGCCGAGAGGGCCUGGGGGGGCGAGGCCGACGUACUCCUAUUCAUGUGCGACGUUGACGUCGUUUUUAGUGCGAGGUUUUUGGACAGAUGCCGCUGGAACACGGCUCCCGGUCGUAAAGUUUAUUACCCGAUAGUUUUCAGCUUGUACAAUCCUCACGUGGUCUACACUCUUCAAGGGCGCGAAGUACCUCCCGAAACGGAUCAACUGGUCAUUUCGAGGGAUACCGGAUUCUGGAGAGACUUUGGAUACGGGAUGACCUGCCAGUACAGAUCCGACUUUUUACGGGUUCGGGGCUUCGACGAAGACAUCGUUGGCUGGGGAGGCGAAGACGUCACUCUUUACCGAAAAUACGUCAGAAGCAACAUCAAGGUCAUUCGGGCAACCGAUCCAGGAAUUUUUCACAUCUGGCAUCCGAAGGUAUGUUCGGGCGGACCUGGGCAGCGUUUAUCGACCGACCAAUACCGCGCCUGUAUACGAUCCAGAGCUUUGAACGAAGCUUCGCACGCACAACUCGGCUUCCUGGCGUUUCGCGAGGACAUCGCUAGCCAGGCGAUGAACGUCAAGUCGUUAGUAAGUAAGAAGAAAAAAGUUACAUCGAAAAAGGAGAAGAAAAAAUUUAUCAAACAGAACAAAUCGAUCCAAUCGUCCUUGCAAAUAAUCAAGGAUAAACCAGUGAGAAGAACUUCCAAAGAUCAAACCUGAUCUAUGAACAAUAAUUUAUAUGUUACGAUAUCGAGUGUAAAUAUUAUGUAAAAAAAAAAGACUGGUUAUUUCGAGAUAGUUAUUAAUUACGAUUAAAGAUUACAAAGGUCAUGACUAUUAUAUGACGAUCGAGAUGAUGACGAUUCAUUGAGCGUCCGGUAACGUAUAUUAUAUAUGAUUCGUGUUGUUAUUUAUUAUAUAAAAAAAAAAAAAAACAGAAAAACAGGAAAGAAAAGGAAAAAUUAUCGAGUUAAAAUGUUUAUACAAAAAUAUGUUAUUAUUUAUUAUUUAUCGUUUAAAAAGAUGAAGAGAAGAGGUGGAUAUAAAAGGAUGGUGCUGCGAUGGAGUGAAAGAAAAAAAAAAAAACGAACCGAGGCCACAGUCGACGACUUUGAGGCUGUACAAAUACAAGAAAUUUAGUUACCAGAUUUUCAGGUAAACAAUUUCUAUCAGACAAUUAAUAUCUCCACUGGACUGAACUAUCAAUUUACCAAAAUCGAGCACGAACUAAGAUGAAAUAAGGAGUUGGCGAUACUGACUCGUUAUCAAAGUAGUCCAAUUUUGAGAGCGGAUGAAAACCAGCGCUGUAAAAUAAUCAUAAAUUUUCACAAGUUAGACCAGUUUUCGUUGUAAAAACUCGCAAACGAGUGUAAUGGUAGAACAUAGUCUUCGACAAUUGUCCGAAUUGCGUAUAAACAAUUUAUAGAAAUUUAUAAUCCCGUCAUAAAACGAUAGGUGAAAACGGUGCGAAAUCUUGUUUUUUUUUUUUUUUAGUGUAAUCUCCGUAAUUAUGCAUUUGUAAAUAUUAACGAGGAUAAAUAAAUCGAUUCCAAUUAUACAGAAAAUUUAUACGCUUCGAUCAAGCCUAAAUUAAUAUAAUCGAUAACCAAUCGACGAAUCAAUUUGUUGACACGAUGUAGCUAGACGUUAUGUUGGAUAAUUAAAAAUAUUUAAUACUUCGUGACUAAAGAUACUGUAAGCGAUGUACAAUUUGUGAAUUAACGAAGAAAGAAAAUUUAAGGGUUAGAGCGAGAGCGUUGAGCGAAUGUAAAAUGUUCUUUUUCUUUCAUUCAAUUGUUAUUCGCGAAUGCUUGAGGAAAUUUUUUGGAUAAAAUUUGUUACGUGAAAAAUUGUGAAGAAUCAACUCGACGCGAAUCGGGAGGGCGGGAGGUCUGAUUUACUGCACAUAUACCAUUGUACCGCUGAUAUAUUCACACAGUAGGUGUCCGUAAAAGUUUAUGUAAUAAAUAGAUAGCUAUUUAACUUCAUUCCAUCCAUUCAUCCAUCGUUAUGAUAAUGUAAUCAGAAAAAAAAACAAACUAUAUAUUCAAAUUUAUACCUUCCACUUCUCAAUUGUACCCAGACUUCGACUCUCUUUUAUUCCGAGGAUAAUUAAAGGAUUUUUAAUCGAGUCAAAUGUUCCUUGAGAAUAACGGUACUUUUAUCAAACGAUUGCAUGCCAAUGUUCAAGUCCGUAUAGUUUGGUACAAUUUCCAACCAAGUGAUCCUUAGUUUUUAUUAAAAGAAACCGAAGAAAUUCCGGUUUAGUUGUACAGCAUAGAUCCUUGAAAAUUUCUAUUGUAAGCAGCACAGUGCAGCUUUCAAUUCCUUUGUCGUCUUAAGGUUGAUUUUUUACUUUUUGCUAUUGCCAUUGUGUUUCCUUCGUUUGUACUCGGUUAAGUUGGCAAGAGUCUGCGAAUGUGUAUACGAUACCCCCCGUGAAAGAAAACCUCGGAAAACUGAUGUCUUUGCAGUCGGUGAUGGGGGCCCGGGGGAGGGGGUGGUUAUCGCUUUAACAGCUUCUUCGUGCAAACUUGCAUUUUUCUUUCACGAUUUUCUUUCCAUUUUCUUUUCCGCCCCUUACAUACCUGCAGUAUUAUUAAGUCACUCACUUUGUCCAUAGAUCGUUUAUCCGACGAUCUCAUGCAUUCCAUUUUAUAUACCCAACUUUCGGAAGAAGAAAAAAAAACAAAGAAUGACGACGAUUAUAAACUACACAUAAAAGUAUAUGGCAUACAUACAUAAACGCGAAAUAUUGUACGUAAUGUAAAUUAUCAAAAGUGAACGGACGAUCGAUCCGCUGUACUCUGGGGAUGUAAGAAAAAGAGAAAAUAAUUAUAAUAAUAAAUGAAUAAAUAAUUGAUCAUCAAUAUUUACACUUUA